UUUCCAGUAGUUACGUGGCAGGGGCUGGACUGCUGCCUAUAUCCUCUGAACUCUGUUAUCGCCUCGGAGCCUGCCAGAUUGUAAUGUGCGGCACUGGAAUGCAAAGGAGUACGCUGAGCGUGUCCUUGGAACAAGCAGCUAUAUUGGCUCGAAGUCACGGACUCCUGCCUAAGUGUAUCAUGCAGGCAACAGACAUCAUGAGAAAACAAGGACCAAGAGUUGAAAUCUCUGCAAAAAAUCUGAAAGUGAUGGAUCAGAUGCCACAGUCUGCACCCCGAAUCUACAAGUUGUGUCAACCCCCUGCAGAUGGAGAUUUAUAGAAGUGAAGGAAACUCCCAUGUCCUGGAAUCACAGAAGCGUUCAGCAGAGAGCGAUGCUUCCUGAGCACUGAUCCUACCUUUUGCCCAUGGUGCUGAGUCCAGAAGAGAGAGGAGGGUUGUGGGUUCUGUGCUUCUAGGCAGUCUGGUGCACUAAAACUGCCUUUCCACGCAUCUCCUGCCUUUUUAUAUAGGCAGGCCUGGUUACCCUGUUUUGCGGUUGGUUGGUUGGUUGGUGCAGGAGUUCUGAAACUGAGGAAUGACUUCUGCCCAGUACCAGGAAGGAUAUCACAGGAGGACAAAACCCUGCGAUAAGGAAUUGAUUGCGGUGCUGACUGGACAUUGUGGACUUAGCAAAUCUAAGUGAAGCACAUCAUCUACCUGUCAUGCUGUUUUAGACUCUCAUCCAGUUUCCUGCACAGUGUUGGCUAGUGGCCUUGAAUAAGAGCCUGACAAACACUCUUUUUAAAAAGAAAAACACACCAACUUGCACUUUGAAAUUGUGAAUAGCACACAUCUCUGGUUUGUUCAAAGGAUUUCUCCUGGAGCCAUUUUCCACUUCAGCCCAGUAUGAACCAGACUCUACUCCGCAGAGUGCACAUUCCAUAGGACUUUCUACGAGAAUUUCCUUUUAACUUUUACUGUAAAGUUCAGGGUUUGCAAUUAACACUUUUUACUAAUGGUCCAUUAUGUAUUCUGGAAAUACAACAAUAUUUUACAAGGGAGAUUUAGCAAUGAAGGAUUCUUUCUGAAAUGGAAAGAUAUGAUGAAAGGGGAAGCAACCACAGCUCUGUUUUCCAGUAAUUUGAACAGCUGAGCAUUUUUGAAGCAAGGACAAAACUAUACUUAUUUAUGUGGAAUGGAGUAUCUGUUUUGGAACUAUUUCCUUAUAUACAAGGUUUAAAUUUAAGAAGUAUUUGUUUCAAAUGGGGCCAAUAAUGCUGGCAGAUACGUAGUAGAUCUCAGUUCACUGAAAAUAUUGUUACGUUAUUUAAAACCUUGCAGUAUUUAAGUAGUCUUUAAUACAUUUUUUUAAAGAAAAGAAAAGAAAAUAGAUUACAGUGGGUUGUAAGUUAAAAUGAAAUCAUGGUUGUGUAUAUAAUGUACUUUAUUUUUCCCUGUUUUAGAAUUGUUUUCUGUUUGAUCAGUAUUAUCAUUAGCAGAGUAAUUUGCUUCCAAAUUACUUGCCACAAUGUAAUGAAAAAUAUCAGCAAUCUCAGGCCAGAAGUAACAUUAUUUUGGAGUGAGUGCCUUAAAUGAAUCAUCCAUGUUGACCCAGAUACAAAAAAUUAAGGGGCAUAAAGACAAAACUAACAUUCUUCUAUAUCAUAAUAGACUAAAAAGCCAUAGUCUCCUCUGAAAUGCUUUUCGUUGGGCAUGCAUGGAAGUUCCUUAGAGUGGCUUCUGUUUCUAGCACACAGAACAGGGAUAUUUUGAUUUUGGCUUAAAAUAGGGCAUUUAAUAAACUCCAAUGUUUCCUAACA